UGAUGGCUGCCGGCUCGGCGGUAUAAGCAACUGUUCUGAUUCAUGUGCUGGGGCUUCAAUGUGAUAAAACAUAUCUUGACGCCAGCGCAGACUGCGCCACAGCACCUUAGUCACGAAGCAAAACAACAGAAAGUCAUGAAUGUCAAGUAUCCACCUUCGGCGACUGGGGUGGGUGAUAUUCCACCGAAACCACAGAAGAACACCAAUCUACUGUGUGCUCACGAGCUGAAUUGGUUAUUUCAGGUGGAUGGAUUUCGAUGGCUGGAUGGAGAUCGAAAGUUCGAAGCAGAAGUCGAAAAAGCAAAUUUCCGAUCCGGACUCCGUGGGUGGUGGAAAAUUGAAUGGAACCGUUGCUCUGCCAACGAAUGUUUCACGUAGAGGAGAAUGG